UCAGCUUUGAGUACUGCGCGCGACAUGCAACAAUCAGGUUAGAGGACAGCGACAUUUAGAAUGGUCAUCAUCAUCGGCAGCGGAAGCAACAGCGUGAUAACAGCUACGACGACUAUGACGCUGAUACAUGUCGCCACGAGCCACGCGUAGUCGCCGAGAACGAGAAUUCCCGACUACGUGUAUGAGAAAGAGGUACGCCGCGCCGAAGCAACGUCGUCCUCGUGACGUUUCUUGGUCGACUCUCGGAUUCCCGGUGAUAGCAAACCGUGGAACUUCGCUUCGCGAAAGAUGCCGCUGGUCGUGAGAAAUUGUCCGCAUCUGGCCAACCAUAGCGAUCUCGCUUUCAUCGAGGCGGUGAUGAAGCGAGAAGAGCGUUUCGUCAAGUGCAGCGACUGCGACACUCGCGGACCGAACCUCUGGCUCUGUUUGUUUCCGGACUGCCGUUGGGUCGGAUGCGCCGAGAUGCACUUUGAUCACAGUAGCGCUCACAAUGUCAACUUCCCAACACACUGCACCCACAUGAAUUUGUCCACCAACAGAAUCUGGUGCUACAUAUGCAAGAACGAGGCUAUCGUUAUGGAGUUGGAGUCCCUGCCAAGGUCACCUUCCCAGGUGGAAUUCAAACCCAUGACCAACAAGUUCUCUGGAGAUGCUCCCGGCAGCAUUGAGUCCAAAUUGGAUGGUCUGGACAAGUUGAUGCUUGAUAAGUUUUAUGGAGAUUGGUCCAUAAAUAAAGUCAAUUCGGAGAAAGGAAGUAUGUUUAACGAGCGAUCUGGAGAUUCUCCCGAUACCACAGAUUCGGACGAAGGCAAGGAUUUUUCUGGAAAGCCGAGAGGUCUGGUGGGUUUGCAGAAUAUCGGUAACACGUGUUACAUGAACGCGGCGCUGCAAGCUCUGUCCAAUGUAUCCCCUCUGACUCAGUUCUUUUUGGAUUGCGGACAUAUGGUUAGUUAUAUGUCAAAGGACAGGAAACCGGGACUGAGUCUGAGUUAUCUGAAUCUUAUUCGAGAUAUGUGGAACAAGAAGACCAGAGGAUACGUUGUGCCACAUGGUAUCCUCUCCGGUAUCAGAACGGUUCAUCCCAUGUUCAGAGGUUAUCAUCAGCAUGACACUCAGGAAUUUCUGAGAUGCUUCAUGGAUCAGCUGCACGAGGAGCUGAAAGAGCACGUCGAGGACAAAGAGGCCCAGUUGCGGCUGAAGGGACUGGGUGAUCAUUCUUCGGAGGAAGAAGAGGACGAGACCGAGAUGGAUGGCAACGCCUCUAGUCAAUCCGACGCCGAGUACGAGACCUGCGACUCCGGUGUGAGCGAACAGAGCUCUCUGAGUGACGAGGGCGAGCGCGGCACGAAGAGACGUUACUCGCGCGUGGCGCAAACGGAGAAGCUUCGAAACAAAUUCACCAACAGGAGCAUAAAGAAGUCGAACGUCGAGUCGUUCGCGCCUCCGCAGCGUUCACCGCAGAGUUCACCGACCAAACAUCGUACCAAGAAGCAAAUGAAGACGCGAAGCAUUAUCAGCGACACGUUCGACGGCAAGCUUUUAAGCAGCGUGCAGUGCCUGACGUGCGAUAGGAUUUCUACUCGAGUGGAAACCUUUCAGGACUUGUCUCUGCCUAUUCCGAGUAGGGAUCACAUCGACAUGUUGCAUCAGGGCUCGCUGACCCCGCAAAAGGCCGGCCCGUGCUCGGACGUAGUCUACGUCACCAAUCAAUCGGGAUGGCUGUCAUGGUUUCUGCAGUGGAUGCGCUCGUGGUUCUGGGGGCCUGUAGUCAGUCUGCACGACUGUCUCUCCGCGUUCUUCAGCGCUGACGAGCUCAAGGGCGACAAUAUGUACAGCUGCGAGAAGUGCAACAAGCUGCGCAAUGGCAUCAAGUUCUCCAAGGUUCUGGAGCUACCUGAGAUAUUGUGCAUACACUUGAAGCGAUUCCGCCACGAGUUGAUGUUCAGCUCCAAGAUUGCCAACUACGUGUCGUUCCCUCUCGAAGGUCUCGACAUGCGACCGUAUCUGCACAAGGAGUGCGUGUCCAAGGUCACGACUUACAACCUAAUAUCGGUCAUUUGUCACCACGGCACCGCCGGCGGCGGUCAUUACACCUGCUACGCGUUGAAUCCCAUUACGAACAAGUGGUACGAGUUCGACGAUCAGUGCGUCACGGAAGUUUCGCCGGAAACGGUGAAGCAUUGCGAGGCGUACGUGCUGUUUUACAAGAAAUGGUCGCCGGACAUGCUGCAGCUACGCGACAAGACUAUGGAACUGAUGGAGAUCUCGUCCCGCGAGCUGUCCGACCUCAACUUCUUCGUGUCACGGCAGUGGAUCAAUCGCUUCAACACAUUCGCCGAGCCUGGCCCGAUCGACAACUCGGACUUUUUGUGUCCGCACGGCGGAGUGAAUCCCGUCAGAGCGCAAUUUGUCGACAAGCUCAGUAUUCCUAUACCCCAAUCGGUUUGGGAAUACUUGUAUAACGCAUUUGGAGGUGGGCCAGCAUGUACCCACUUGUUCGAGUGUCCGACCUGCGAGGAAAAAUACGAGUCCUUGCAGAAACGCAGACAGUACGAAAUGGAACUGUUCCAACGACUCAAUCACACUACCGACAAUCACACGGCCAUUUACGCGUUAGCCAUGGCGUGGCUGAGACAGUGGCAGAGCUUUGUCAGAGGCAAAGAGACACAACCGCCUGGACCAAUCGAUAAUAAUUCCAUCGUUGUAAAUAAAAACGGACAAAUUAGUCUUAAAACUGGUUCGGAUUACGGUCAGAUACCCGAGGAGCUGUGGCAGUUUUUCCUAAAUACGUACGGCGGUGGGCCGGAACUGAUGCUGCACUCGUGUCAACGGCCGGUGCCCGUUCAGCCUAACGUUUCUAUACAUUCCGCGUCGAAUCCGAAUCUGAUCGACACAAGCACACACAAGUGUAACCGCGUAGAAGCUAACAAAUGCAAUAAACUCUGUACGACCAGGAGCACGGAAACGAUCUCGCAACAGGACAGUGUGAUCGAGAGCCUAAUAUCGAGCAGCGACUCCCAUCAGACGCAGAGGGACGUGAGCGAGUGAGUAAGCCGCGCGAAUUGCGUUUUCGCGACAUCUCCGGUUUCCACCGCACGACGAAGCAACGCAUUUCCAUUGGUUUCUCUUAAGUUUUAGUUGUUAAGCAAUCUAUUUAUAGGAAUUUAUUCUAUUAUCGCGAAAUUCCACGUGUUCGCGCUCGAAUGGAACAGCUUUUGCGCUUUUCCGUAAAGAGCUUGUUGCGGGCAGAAAUUUUUCGUACACCUUGUAAGUGUAAAAUAAUCACUGUCAUUUUGUGUGGAGAGAGGCAAUGAAUUUUGUGACUGUCACGCGCCAAUUUCGUCGUCUAAUGCGAAGAAGACACAUAUGUACCAACCGUAUUUUGAAGAAACUGAACAGGCGAAAUGUUGAUAUUGAUUUCGCUGCGUGUGAAAAAGAUUGUGUGCAAGGUGUUACUUUAUACGGCCAUCCUCUCUGCGGUGUGUUCUGGCAUAUUCUCUCCGUCGUACUGAUCUCUCGUAGGAAAAGACGAGGGCGAACAACAGACGGAUCUGCUCGCUCUGCUCGCACCUUUCGCGCUUUAUUUCGUUUUCCUUUUCUUACCAAAGUAUGAACAUACGUCUAAGUGCAAAGAAGUUGCAAGAAGUGGAAGCACCGCGAGCGGAUCAAUUGUGGAUGGACCAAGUUAAUUGAUAAUAGCUAAAUUAAUCGCAAAAGUCGAUGACCAAGUCCGACAUACGUUCGGUUGCUCCUCGAGCGCAACACACACAUGCAUACGCAAGUUUCUUUUCUUCCGUUCCGUUUUCGAAUCAACAUUUUCGGAAACCGAAAUGACAUUGGUCGUUUUGAGCUCGAAAAAUUGCUGUGCACCGCUUAAUUCUGGUAAAAUUUCGUUCAGCGACGUGGAAUUUCACAUCUUCUUUCGUACACUUUUUUCUUUUUCGACGGAAAAAAAAAAAAAAUUAUCGCAUACGAUAGGGGAAGAAGAAAAAAAACAAUAGUAGUUUACAUGUGUAAUAGUACAAAGGAAAUUCGCUAUAGACGACCACGUUACUACGUUAAUUGAAAUACAAAUCUCUAGCUCGUAUUUUUCUCGCCCAAAGUCUAGACCGUAUUUAAAAACACCGUGCAAUUUCGAUAUUAUAUUAUAAUAAUAUUAAUAGAAUCACAUUUUUUCGAUGUGUUUGUACAUACGCCGUGAAUGUCGGUGUGUGCGUGUGCGCGCGCGCGCGUGUGUGUAUUGUAUUUCUCCUGCGCAUAAAGACAACAAAAAGAAAAAAAAAAAACACAAGUCAGUAUUCUCUUAAUUCGUUUUUAAAAAAAAGUGUGUGUUCUGUACAUAUAACAUCGUUGAUUGUUUUUCGUUUAAUAAUAGAAGGGGGGAUAGAGUCUUCUCGUGGGAGGGGGGGAAAAAAUUAAUUACUAAACAAAAAACAAAACACGUGCAAAGACUGACAAAUCACUUUUAACUUAAAACACGGAAACACAUUCAGUUAACUAUGCAAUCUUACAACGUACGCGCUUAGUUACAAAAAAUCGAGUGUAAGCGAUGAUGCGAGAGAGAGGGAGAGAAAGAGAGAGAGAGAAAGAAAGAGAAAGAAAGAGGAAUUUUUUCGUCAAUACUAUCUCUGAUACUUGAUUUUUGAGCGAGGCAAAUUAUUGUUACUGUUGUUAUCAUUGUUUCAGUAAACUUUCACAAUUUUUUAAAUAAUCUUUCCGCACUCGGCCGCACGUGUGUGAGGCUGAAAGCUUACAACGGAUGUGUGAAAGCUUACAACGUGACGUUCUUUUCAGCAGGCGAUACCGCAGAGCAGUUGACCUAUGCGAUUAAAACACACACGGUUAAAGCAAAGACAACUUUGUAUUUGCUUCUGUUGUUUCUAAUCUGCGACUCAAUAUUAAUUUCGUGAAUUCGAGCGUUUCUGGUCGUUACUUUUUACGCUGCUGUUCCACAGAAAAAUUGAAUUAAUCAUCGAUAACAAAAACCGACUUAUCGGAACUAUCAAUGUUGCGAGACCAGUUCGAGAUCCCUCCGGAUCCAUCGAUAUAUAUAUUGAUUCGCCGUCACUUCUCCCGUCCCUAAAAAAAAAAGUUAACUACAUGGUUCAACUGCUUCUUGCGCGCGCGCGCGAAAAAAACGAAAAGAAUUUGCAUGUUACGAGCUUUCUUCGUAAGCUCAAAUUGUGUUUUCGUGAGUUCUAUCUUGUUACUUCAGAAUAUUUAUAUAUAUAUAUAUUUGUCCGUUUACAUUUAUAGCGCGGGUGUUUGAUUUUAUAACGCGAUGUCACGAUUGCGUGUCUAUUGCGAUAAGAUGAGAAGAAAAAGAGAAAGAAGAAGAAACGCAGUGAGAAGGGUCAAGUUCCAUUCGCGGAGGGGACGCAAACAAUUGUAAAGAAUUGUUAAAGACUAAUUCUCUAUAGAAUAUUCGCUAUCCGAUGUGCAUAAGGAUAAGGUAAUAUAAACAUAAGUUGGUCUCUUUAUUUAUUGAAUCCUCGACUACUUUUCUCAGAAAUAAAA